AUGAACAGCCUUCUCAUGGAGGCGAUGGUGAAGCCGCUGCAGCGGUACCCGACCCUCGGCGCCACCGUCGGCACCGGCGUGCUAUGCGCCUUCACGUACUGGUGGUACGCCACCUCCAUCCGCAGCACUCUCCUUGCAACGCAGUGCAGUUGCCAGCAGAUGUCCGACAAAGCCUUUCACGAGUGCCGUGAAAUGCUCAAGGCAGGCGAGCGCAGCUGGGGAGGCGACAUUCGCUCCCGUGAUGCGCAGGUGCGGCGGCUCGAGCUGCAAAACGUAGAGCAGACGCGCAGCGUCGCGCGGCUGGAGUCGGCAAUGAAAAUGUGCCUCAUCCAGAACGUGUAG